AUGUCCGAUGACGAUGAUUUCAUGCAAGACUCGGAUGAGGAGUACGAUUUUGACUAUGAAGGAUCGGACGAUGACGAGUCUGGCGAUAUCGGGAUCGAGAACAAAUACUAUAAUGCGAAGCAGAUGAAGGUGGAUAACCCCGAGGAGGCGGUGGACGAGUUCUUGGGGUUACCACUGAUGGAACAAGACAAGAGCGAAUGGGGAUUUAAAGGAUUAAAACAGGCCAUCAAGCUGGAAUUCAAGCUCGGGCGAUACAGCAAUGCCGUCGAACACUAUCGCGAGCUCCUCACAUAUGUCAAAUCCGCCGUCACGCGCAACUACUCCGAGAAAUCCAUCAAUAACAUGCUCGACUACAUCGAAAAAGGCUCCGACGAUGCCCAGGCCUAUCAAUGCAUGGAGGAGUUCUAUUCACUCACCCUCGACUCGUUCCAGAAUACCAACAACGAGCGGCUCUGGCUGAAGACAAAUAUUAAACUGGCUCGACUCUGGCUGGACCGAAAAGAAUACAGCCAGCUCAGCAAGAAGGUGCGGGAGCUUCACCGGGCGUGUCAACGCGAGGACGGGUCAGACGACACCAGCAAGGGGACAUAUUUGCUCGAACUCUAUGCCCUUGAAAUUCAGAUGUACGCCGAGACGAAGAACAACAAACGCUUGAAGGCACUUUAUCAGCGUGCGCUGCGCGUGCGGUCAGCAGUGCCCCACCCCAAGAUCAUGGGUAUCAUCCGUGAAUGCGGAGGCAAGAUGCAUAUGAGUGAAGAGAAUUGGGAGGAGGCCCAGAGUGACUUUUUCGAAUCGUUCCGAAACUACGACGAGGCGGGCUCGAUGCAACGGAUCCAGGUGCUCAAGUAUCUGGUGCUGACCACCAUGCUGAUGAAGUCGGACAUCAACCCAUUCGACAGUCAGGAAACCAAGCCGUACAAGAAUGACCCUCGCAUAUCCGCCAUGACCGACCUGGUGGAUGCCUUCCAGCGAGAUGAUAUCCAUGCAUACGAGGCAGUGCUUAGCAAGCACCCCGAUGUCCUGGCGGAUCCUUUCAUUGCCGAGAACAUAGACGAGGUCAGCCGCAAUAUGCGCACCAAGGCCGUACUCAAGUUGAUUGCACCCUACACUCGAUUCUCUUUGCUGUUCAUCUCCAGGCAGAUCAAGAUCUCUGUCCACGAGGUGCUGGAUAUUUUGAGCUUCCUGAUCCUGGACAAGAAACUCAAUGCCAAGAUCGACCAGGAAAGUGGUACAGUCGUGGUUGCAAGUUCCAGCGACGUGGAACGGCUGCACGCGUUGGAGGAGUGGAGCUCCUCCUUGCGUAGCCUGUGGCAGACCGCCCUCAACGGCGAGGGGUUUCGGCCAGAUGAAUCCGGCUCCCACUCCAUGUUCGCGGGAUACGACGACGGGCCCAUGGGCAUCCGGGCGAGCCGACGAAAGGAGCUACGCGGCAAACCAUUCGGUGGCAAGCUCGGGGCGGUUUAG